UCACCUCUUACUUCCCCCAGGGUAUUUACAAAGAGAUGAGUUUUGCCUCAGACGUGCACAGCACUAAGCCGCGCUCUGAUUGUACUGCAGUAGCAGAGGGACAAGGCUUCCUCAUAAGGAACACCCGGCUGGAAAAGUGCAUCCGCGCCUCCCACGAGACCAGCAGCCUCAGCCUGGCCAGCUGCAAGGAGCACUCUGGGCAGCAGCAGUGGGGCUGGGACCCCGACUCGGGCACCAUCGUCAGCCUGCACACCAAGCGGUGCCUGUCGGCGCUCCGGGCGCGCCACAACGCCCUGGUGAAGCUGGAGCCCUGUGGAGACUGGGAACGCCAGGCAUGGUCCUGCAGCAAGAAGGGACACUUGACCCUGCAGAGCCUGGGCUUACACCUCGGCACCAAGGAGGGAGGCCACAAGGUCUUUGUCUCGAGGGAGAAGGACAAGUUCAGCAGGUGGAAGACGCUGGCAGAUGAAACCAUCUGUGCUGCUGCCCGGACAGCAGCUCAGAGGCCCAGCAAGCCAACACAACAAGCUCUAGACACACGUGUGUGGAUCUAUGAAACUAAAACCAUUGAUUCAUCAAAGAUUGAUGCUGUGGACAGAGAGUCUUCUGUGAGCCUGACUGACUCCCCUCUGGCUAACAAAUUCAACAGCACAGUGUCUCCACUAAGGACCAAACAGGCACAGCUCCCGGCAAAUGAGGAUCCAUCCCACAACCAUUCCAAGAAGCAUGGAAAUCGGGGGAAAAACGCUGGGGCCAGGCUUGCAGGAACGAAUUGGAAGACUGCCAUGCUGGUUCUCAGCCCCUUGGCAUUCAUACUGGGAUUAAUAAUACUGACACUCAAUGUUCACUACAACAAGAAAAAGAAAAUCCUUUCUGCUCUGAAGAGCUCUCCAGCCAACAGCAGCAGAGCUGAUUUACGGGAGCCAGCCCCGCUGCGCAGAGGCGCCCAGCCGUACCUCCCACCAUCCUGCUCCCCCUCCCUGAGGCGUGGAGAGAUCCUCAUCGAGUGGAAAGAUGGGACUGUCACUCCUCUUUUUGGCAACAUCAAUUACCAAGUGGACUAGCUCCAAAGUGACAGAGCUUUUGUUCCAUCCCGUGUCACUGCUCCCACCAGGAAGAGUGCCACCGCAGCUGAUCUCCUCCCUACCCUUGCUGUUUGGACACUGUUUGGGGUUUUUUUUUUAAACACUUGAGUACUAUCUCCUUGCACAGCACAAGGUUGAAGCAAGCAGAGUAGAUUGUUUGGUUUGUAUAGGCACAUGCUGCAAUUCCUGAGCUGCUUUAACCCAUAACAAACCCCAGGUUUCCCUAAAAUAUGCUGGAACUUUUGCUAGCUGCAACUGCCCAUUGAACCAAAAUUAGAGUUACUGAGCAUAUGAAAAAGUGAGUCUUUGAAGACAAGGCAAAAGGUAAAAAACAGAAAUCUUGAUGAUUCUUAAAUUCUUUUUAAGGUAAAACUAGCUGCCAAUAGACACAGAAGGCCUUCACCUACAUUGUCAGUGUGAUAAUGUAAUUGAUAAGCACCACCUUCUAUAAAAUCUCUUCCAGUAUCUGCCAAAAUAUUCAGCCCCACUAAGCUGUCAAUCAAGCAGCAGCAAGUAAUUUUUCUAACUUAAAAGGUAACACUCCUCUGUCCUCUUGCAUCACUGCAAAAGCCCUACUGAGAGAGCAUGUGUCUCUCAAAACAUUUCCAUAUUUAGGAUGUACUAACCUUAUUAUAACACACAUCCUCUUUUAUUAUAUAGACUGGCAAGUAAUGUCAGUCAUGCUUGUUGGGGAUAUUGCAUAUAGAGCACUUUAUACCAGCUUCAGUCUCUGAUUUCCUAUAAUCAUAUGGAAUAGUCAAUGAAUAGAUACAUUGCUCCACCAGAGCAGUAAUAUGGUUCUUUUUCUUUUAGAGGAGUAAGAUAUUGUUUUCAGCCUUUACACUUCUUAUUUCAGCAUAAUUACCUGUGACUGUCACACUCAAUCCUGAGCUUUUCUCAGUGGAAUUUUCAAUGUCUUAGCACUUUCCUAAUAUUCAUGAAUGUAUGCUUUCUUUCUGUCUGAUUUUGAGAUGAUGUAAUCAUGGCUAUAAGUCAAGAAUUAUGUGGAAAAAGAAAUAAUAACACCAGGAAAUUAUAAGUGUGA